UCUAAAAUUAUGAUAUUUAAUGUGUUGGUUUAAUAUAGUUUUUCAUUAAAUUACCAAUUGACAACAUGUACAGAUGCAUGGUUAUUUCGAUCUAAAGCACUAGGCGUGUAAAGACUUGUCUUCUAGUUUUCAAAUUAUUAAAACCAUUUACUUGAUCUCAUCACAUAACAAUAAUAUGUAUUAAGACUACAUAAUCAUUACAUCGUCGGUUUAAGGUUAAGUUCAAAAUGAAGUUUUAGUUGAAUGGGGAAGGCUAAAGUCACUAUUUAAAGAGAUUUUAUAAUGACUCAUAGUGGGAGUCAACAAUACCACGACUGCUAAACGCUAGCUCAAUCACUCAUCGGUGGUGUAAAGAACAUGUGCUGUUGACACUUCCGUGAUGCAAUUGUGUUUUUUUGUUUAUUUGUACACACAAGAGAUUCGGACGUGAGAACUAUAGCAGUGCUAUUUGCAUGCAGCAGAAUGUUCUUUAGAAGUAUCUAUGAUCCGAAAUGUAGUUGAAAUGCUGACAAAUCUCAAAAUAUGCACAAGUCCGAUUCGAAUAACGUGAACUUUGCGGUAAUAACACAACUAUUUUACAAAUAUAAAAGUGCACUCGACCAUGAAGACAGAUGAACAUGUUAUGUGAUAAAAGGAAACAACUACUCUAAAAGAGCAUUGGUAUUAAAAUAAAGACUUUAUUCAUAAAACUUGUUACUUUCAUUAUAAGCAACCCGGAAGUAAAAUACAGAGAGAAAGCUUACGGGAAAGGAUCGAUUAUCGGAGAAGUCGCUGCUGACCGCCAGUGUUUGAACCGGAAGUAUGGCAGAGAAUCAGAGACCCGAAAAACAUAACUACCUUCUAGUGGCGGCCUUUGAUUUUGGUACCACAUACAGUGGAUACGCUUUCUCCUUUCGGGACGACCCCACCCAAGUUCGCGUGAACAGCUAUUGGACGUCAGGUGUCUCUCAACUCAUGUCUCUGAAGACUUCAACUAGCGUUCUCCUCAAUCAAGCUGGAGAGUUCCACAGUUUCGGGUUUGAAGCGGAAACGGCGUACGCCGACCUGGCGGAAGACGGGGAACAUGGCGGCUGGAGACUCUUUCGACGUUUCAAAAUGAUGCUGCACAAUAACACGCAACUCAACCGCGAUUCAACCAUCGAAGACAUACAGGGUAACCCAGAGCCAGCGUUACCAAUCUUCACGCACGCGAUACACUACCUUCGUCAGCACGUGCUAGACUUCAUCAACAAAAGUUCAGCUGGCGUGACCGAGGCUGACGUGUUUUACGUCAUUACCGUUCCCGCCAUUUGGGACGUGCGCGCCAAACAGUUCAUGCGGGAAGCGGCUGAAAACGCGGGAAUACCGGCUGCCCAAUUGAAGCUCGUGUUGGAACCGGAAGUAGCCUCGAUCUGGUGCGAGGGGGAAUUGGAGGCAGCAGUAACUCGGGAUCUGCAACAGCCGGGAGUCAAGUACAUGGUUGUUGACAUUGGAGGCGGCACUGUGGAUGUAUCGGUGCACGAGCGCAACGAUAACGGAACUUUAAAGGAGAUACACAAGGCUAGUGGAGGAGCCUGGGGCGGCACUGAGGUCGAUAAACUGUAUCUUCAAACAUUGGCUGAUAUCUUCGGCGAAGAAUCUAUGAGGAGACUCAGGGAUGAAAUGAUGAUGGAUUUCCUUGCAAUCCUAGCAGAUUUUGAAAUAAAGAAAAGGAGCCCUGAUAUGCGUACGCGAGGGUUGAUGAUGAUUAAAAUACCCGCAUCACUUAGGGAAUUCUGUGAGGAAGUAAAAGGAAAGAAAAUGGCUGAUGUUGUAAAGGAUUCCGUGUAUGGGGAGAGUGUGGUGUAUAAAUCUCCAGACAAAUUGCGUGUUCCAUGGGAUAUCGUGAAGACCUGGUUUGACAAGUCAGUGGACAACACAAAAAAUCAUGUAAAGCACCUGCUGGAAAAACCUAACAUACGCGGAGUGGAGACAAUAAUUCUUGUCGGUGGAUUUGUUGAGAGCACUUAUGUUCAAGAGAGGUUUCGUGAAGCGCUUGGAGAUAAACGCAUUAUUAUCCCUAGUGAGCCAGGCCUCGCUGUACUGAAGGGGGCGGUGAAGUUUGGACACAACCCUGCUGUUGUGGCGUCGCGGAUGAUGGAUUACACAUACGGGGUAAGAGGAGAUUUGGCAUUUGAUCCUAAAAAGCACAAGGAAGAAAAUAAGAUGGUGAAGAAUGGCGGGAAUGUUUUGGCAAAGGACUGCUUCGUGAAAUUCUGUUCUAUCAAUCAAGAAGUUUUGUUUGGUCAAGAAUUCAAACGCAAAAGCCGAGGCAAAUCAGACAUCAAAAAAUCUUCUAGACUGUUGAUCUACCGAUCACGUGAUUCGUCCCCUGUCACGGUGUCUGACUCUGCAUGUGAGAAGAUUGGUCGCCUAACAAUCAGCUACAGCGAGGAAGAUAUUGAGAAUGAUGAUUUCAAGAUAGAAACUUCCUUUUCUUUCGGGGAUACGGAGCUGUUGGUCAAGCGAAUGAUGCUGAAAUCUGGGAAAGAAGUUUAUUUGAAAAUUGACUGUCUUGGUCAGGCGUAGACAAUGGGUGUUCCCUUUUAAGCGAUGCAUUAGAGCACCCGUGCUAGUUGAUUGUAGAUGUACUGUAUACUAAUGUUCAAUCUAGAAAUAUGAACAAAUUUCGGGGAGGGGGGGGGGGGUCUGCUUGUGAUGACACUGCCUGAAGCCUUUUGAUCUUGCCUUUCAUUCGUACAAAGUGUUAAAUGUACCAUUGUUAUAAGCAUUGACCACCCGCAUUUCCAUGUUUUAUCUUAUUGAAAAUCUAUACAGCGUGUUUAUUUUUAUUAUUAUACACAUUAUUGCCACUAACGAACAUUUUUAUUAUUCCAUAACUAUACUUGUAUUGCAAUUAAUAUUGACUACCUUGUUACGAUGACCAUAGGUAUGCAUAAUUUCUAAAAAGGUUGCUGUAUAUAUUUGUAUCACUAGACGUUUUGCUGCAUAAAUCGAAAUAAUCUUC